AUGGACUCGUCCUCCCCCGACGACUUCCGCUGCCCGAUCUCCCUCGAAAUAAUGACGGACCCGUACCCCUCCGACUCCGUCGCCCUCUCCUCCCUCCUCCGCUCCGUCCAGAAAUCCGCCGAAUUCCGCCAAAAGGUCGCCGACUCCUCCAUCCCCAAAGCCCUAAUUCGCCACGUGGCUGAUCCCCAGCUCCCCGAGCUCCAGAAGCUCGCGAUUUACUCGCUCCUCUACCUCUCCCUCGACGGAGACGACGUCAAGGUGGGCCUCGUCGCUGAGGGCGCCGUUCUGGAAGGUUCUGGUAAGCGGGAGAAGAAGGAGGCGGCGACGGCGUUAUACGAGCUCUGUAAGUUCCCCGAGAACCGGAGGAGGUUGAUUCGGGUUGCCGGGUCGGUGAGGAGUUUGGUCGAGUUGGCGGGUUCGGGAUUGGAUCGGGCUGUCGAGGUUUUAGCUCAGCUGGGGAAGAUCAAGGAGGGGAGAGCUGACAUGGGGAGAAUUCAAGGGUUUGUUAGGGUUUUGGUCGGGGUUUUGGAGCGGGGGAGCGCUAGAGGAGUUGAGAGUGCGAUAUCCGUGCUGAAUUUGGUCUGUUCGGAGGAUGAAAGAUUGGGUCUUGAGGCGAUGAAUGAAGGGCUUCUCGGGGUUUUGGAGAGGCUGAGCAAUGAAGAAGGAGGGAAGAUUGGGAAGAAUUCGGCGGCGUUGUUGGAGAAGCUAAAGAGAGGAAUUGUGAAGUGGGUAUAGCUCAUUUUGUCGAAAGAGGUAACAGGUCUUCCUUUUUCGUUUGGUUUUGAUGAAUUUUGUAAAGAGGGUGGCAUCUUUUUUGUGUAGGUAUGUAAAAGUUGAAUAACUGAGCCUGUUCAUAUAGAAAGAUUGGAACUUGUGGACUUUAGAUGUUGGUAGUGGUUCCUGAAAAAUGCAAUUCUGUUAUAUAGAAGUUGGUAACUGGGUCAUUCUUCCUCCUAGAAUGAUUGUAAAUAGCUAAGCUUAUGUUGAUGGUUGAUAAACUGUUUC